AUUUUUGCAUCUUAAAAUUUUUUCACAAAUUUAACAAAUGUGUUUAGAAUUUACAUUAACUUACAGAAUUACUAUUUAACAUUUCAAUCUCUUUAUCUAAAACUAAUGUAAUUUCGUGAAAGAAAAUUGCGACCUAAUACAUCGGUACAAAAUAUCAUAUCAUAUAUAAAAAGUUUACGAUACAGUACUUUGUCAGAAUAGCUAAUAACUCACUCUUCUAUUUAAUGAAAUAAAAACAACUUAUGGUUUCGAUAAAAAGAAUCUUAUGGUUUCCGAAAAGGAAAGUUGCCACUGUCGCCAAACGGAGGGCUGUGAUUUCCCAUGGCAAUUCCGCUCGACCGGCAAUUUUAUUCUUUAACCAGGCGACGAAACAAAGGGACGAAGGCGACAAUAUUACUGGAGAGGAGAUAAAGCGAAGCAUCAGAACCUUCUGUCUUUUCGUCGCGAAGAAAGAAUCUGAUCGGGCGAAUAUCGAAAGUUCUCGUCGCGGUGGAAUUUUCGAAAUUCGACGAGUUGGGCCGAGCAAUCAUUAAAACGAGCUGUGUUUAAUUCCGGUUAAGGUCAUCAUUGGACGAGGGGAUGAGGGCGAAAAGAACUACAGAAGCUGUUGUGAAAGAAAGGGCCAAGAUGGAAUGGGUCUGUGUAUUGUGUGGCAAGGGAUGAAAUUGAUUGAUGCGCCACUUCCGUUCCAGACUUCGAAAGCAACGUCGUUGGCUCUCUUUUUGUUUGAAGAAACGCAUUAAUCUGAAUUAUCAACCACGAAGGAAACACACAGGAAGUUGGUGAAACACACGCCAACCUUGUUAUUAGGCACCCUGAAGACCUAUCAGCGCGCAGCUUGUGACGAGGAGUCGAUGACACUGAAGUGUCCAUUAGGUACCACCAUCUCUGUCGUUCUAGCUCAAUAUGGUAGAGCAGGAGCAAAUGGAACCGAUAGGUGUAGCUCCUCUGAUCCAUCCAUGUACAUUGGGGACAGACAAACGAAUCAGACUUGUAUCUGGCCGCAAUCGCUGCAGUACUCACUGUUGCAGACGGUUGUGGAUGUUUGUCACAAGAAGAGGCAGUGCAAGUUCAACACCAGUCCAGAAACCUUUCAGGGUGAUCCGUGUCCUGGAUUGCCGAAAUACAUCGAAGUCGCCUACCAAUGCCGUCCUUACGAGUUCAGAAGUAAAGUUGCCUGCGAGAAUGACGUCAUCAAUCUUGUCUGCCACCCUGGACAAAGGGUUGCCAUUUUCAGCGCAUCGUUCGGCAGAACGGAGUACGAAUCCCUUCAAUGUCCUCAGCCCCACGACGUGAAAGAAGAAACUUGUAUGGCAUCGUACGCGACGGAAACCGUGAUGAAUUUGUGCCAUGGGAAACGUCGCUGCUCGGUGGUGGCAAACAGUUCGACGUUCGGUGAGCCUUGCAAUCCGGAAAGCAGAACGUAUUUGAAAGUUGUCUACACGUGUGGUAAGUCUGAUUAUUCUUCUAUGAAUAUGUUAAUUAUUACGAUAAUGUUAACGCACGUUCUUUUUAAUAAAAAAGUUUAUGUAACUUUAAAUUCAUGUCAGAAUAUUUGUGAUUAUUGUAGUGUUACUUCGAGGUUUUAAAAUGUGAUUUUUUGU